GCCUGCAGCUAUGGCGGUCAUCUCUCUGACGUUCGGUCAGUACAUCCUGGAGCCCCUGUUCAUGCCCUGUGCGGUCCCCCCCAUGGCGGUCAAACUGGCCACCGCCAUCGGCAUCACUUCUGUUAUGUACCUGAACAGUAUGAGUGUGACAUGGACAGCUAGGAUUCAAAUCGUCCUCACCUUCUGCAAGCUGCUGGCCAUGGGUGUCAUCAUAGUGCCUGGAAUGUACCAACUCUUUAAGGGAGAGACCAAGAACUUUGAGAAUGCCUUUGACAUGAACAAUGUGAAAUUAUCUGGUAUGCCACUGGCCUUCUACUCGGGGAUGUACGCAUAUGCUGGGUGGUUCUAUCUGAACUUUGUGACAGAGGAGGUGGAUAACCCUGAGCGGACUGUGCCGUUAGCUAUCUGUAUCUCCAUGGCGAUUGUGACUUGCUGCUAUGUGCUGACCAAUGUGGCGUACUACACUGUGAUGUCAGCAGAGGAGCUCCUGGCCUCGGAGGCCGUCGCUGUGACUUUUGCAGAGAAGCUGAUGGGGAACUUCUCUGUCGUGGUGCCGCUGUUUGUGGCCUUGUCCUGCUUUGGCUCCAUGAAUGGCUCCCUCUUCGCCUUAUCAAGAAUGUUCUAUGUGGCUUCUCGUGAAGGACAUCUCCCUGAGGUUUUCUCCAUGAUCCACGUCCGCAAACACACUCCGCUGGCUGCUGUUCUCAUACUGUACCCUAUGACAAUGCUCCAGCUUUUUUUGGGAGACAUCUACAGCCUGUUGAACUUCAUGAGUUUCCUGCGGUGGCUGUUCAUCGGUGUGGUGGUGCUGGGGUUAAUCUACCUUCGAUAUACCAAACCUGACCUCCCCCGGCCCUUUAAGGUCCCGCUCUUCAUCCCGGUGGUUUUCUGCAUCACCUGUUUCUUCAUGGUCUUCCUGUCUCUGUACUCGGACCCGGUCAACACAGGGAUUGGAUUUGCCAUUUCCCUCACUGGCAUCCCCGCCUACUACAUCUUCAUUUACUUUAACCAUAGACCAAAGUGGCUUCAGAGGGCAUUAGACUGCUUCAACAGAACCCUGCAGAUCCUCCUGGUGGUGGUCCCUGCUGAGCAAUAACACCUCACGACUACACCACCCCCCCCCCUUCAGAUCACUCAAUACUGAGCUGAACUCAGACUCUGCAUUGAAAAUUGUUUAAAGUUCUAAGUAUGUAUCUGCUGAAUGUGAGUUUAUAAAAUGCGUUUUGAUAAAGAAUAAUGUUUUAUGCUGAAAGAAGUA